AUGGCCCGCUCCUCCAUCGUAGUCGGGCUGGAGGGCGCUCGAGAUGUCGAGAACGACGCGCCCUUAUGCUGCCGGGCCAAUCUCAUGGAGGCCUGCAGGAUGCAGUUCAGGAAGUCUCGAGACGUGCACACCACGCACGGCACCGCUUCAUUUGCAGGCGAGUCUCUAACAUUCGGUUGGUCUGAGGGCGACGCCCGACUAGUGGUGGACGUGUGGUCCGGCGACGGCCUCGUCGGUAAGCUCUCCAUCCGGCUCGAGAGUUGCAGUGCCGUGGCCUCGACGACGGCCAGCAUCCCCCUCCUCAUCGGCGGUGAGGUGAAGGUGACUGUCUACCAGACGCUCACUCGGAAAGAGGCAGAAGACCAAGGGGAGGAGGGGGAACAGGAGGAGUUAACGAUGCCGGCAGAGGCUGCUGGGGAGACAGAGCGGCUGGCGCAGGCGGUGGAGGAGGCGGCGAGGGUAGAGGCGGAGCGGCUGGCGGCGGAGGAGGCGGCGAGGGUAGAGGCGGCGGCAAAAGUGGCAGAGGAGGCGGCGAGGGCGGAGGGGGAGCGGCUGGCGGCGGAGGAGGCGGCAAGAGUAGAGGCGGCGGCAAAAGCGGCAGGGGCGGCGAGGGCGGAGGCGGAGCGGCUGGCGGCGGAGGAGGCGGCGAGGGUAGAGGCGGAGCGGCUGGCGGCGGAGGAGGCGGCGAGGGUAGAGGCGGAGCGGCUGGCGGCGGAGGAGGCGGCGAGGGUAGAGGCGGAGCGGCUGGCGGCGGAGGUGGCGGCGAGGGUAGAGGCGGAGCGGCUGGCGGCGGAGGUGGCGGCGAGGGUAGAGGCGGAGCGGCUGGCGGCGGAGGUGGCGGCGAGGGUAGAGGCGGAGCGGCUGGCGGCGGAGGAGGCGGCGAGGGUAGAGGCGGAGCGGCUGGCGGCGGAGGAGGCGGCGAGGGUAGAGGCGGAGCGGCUGGCGGCGGAGGAGGCGGCGAGGGUAGAGGUGGAGCGGCUGGCGGCGGAGGAGGCGGCGAGGGUAGAGGCGGAGCGGCUGGCGGCGGAGGUGGCGGCGAGGGUAGAGGCGGAGCGGCUGGCGGCGGAGGUGGCGGCGAGGGUAGAGGCGGAGCGGCUGGCGGCGGAGGAGGCGGCGAGGGUAGAGGCGGAGCGGCUGGCGGCGGAGGAGGCGGCGAGGGUAGAGGCGGAGCGGCUGGCGGCGGAGGCGGCGGCGGUGGAGGAGGCGGAGCGGCUGGCGGCAGAGGCGGCGAGGGCGGAGGCCGAGCGGCUGGCGGCGGAGGCGGCGGCGGUGGAGGAGGCUGAGCGGCUGGCGGUGGAGGAGGCUGAGCGGCUGGCGGCAGAGGCGGCGGUGGAGGAGGCGGAGCGGCUGGCGGCGGAGGCGGCGGCGGUGGAGGAGGCGGAGCGGCUGGCGGCAGAGGCGGCGAGGGCGGAGGCCGAGCGGCUGGCGGCGGAGGCGGCGGCGGUGGAGGAGGCUGAGCGGCUGGCGGUGGAGGAGGCCGAGCGGCUGGCGGCGGAGGCGGCGGUGGAGGAGGCGGAGCGGCUGGCGGCGGAGGCGGCGGCGGUGGAGGAGGCGGAGCGGCUGGCGGCAGAGGCGGCGGUGGAGGAGGCCGAGCGGCUGGCGGCGGAGGCGGCGGUGGAGGAGGCGGAGCGGCUGGCGGCGGAGGCGGCGGCGGUGGAGGAGGCUGAGCGGCUGGCGGCGGAGGCGGCGGCGGUGGAGGAGGCGGAGCGGCUGGCGGCGGAGGCGGCGGCGGUGGAGGAGGCUGAGCGGCUGGCGGCGGAGGCGGCGGCGGUGGAGGCGGCGGAGCGACUGGCGGCGGAGGCGGCAGUGGCUGAGGCGGAGCGUCUAGAGGCAGAGGCCACAGCGCGAGAGGGGGUGGAGGACGCCCAGUUGGCGGUCGAAAGGGCUGCUGCCGCAGCCGAUGGGCGAUCUGCGAGCGGCCCGGUCUCGGCGACACCCACUCGCAUCGCUGCAGAGCCCAGCGAGGAAGAGGUGGCCUCCUUCCGCUUCGCUGGUGUCCGUGCCAGGCCCCGCAAAGGAAUCGUCGCUGCCUGGAAGUCGGACGAGACGUACCUGAAGCCACCCGGCUCCUGUGGCACUCGCUGGCCACACCUCUCCCUCUCCGUCAGCGUCGAGUGCUGCGAGCGCUGCCACAUCUACAUCCUCGACACCUGCGCGCAAGUGCAGGUAGACGACUGUGUGGAUUGUACCAUCGUCAUUGCCCCUUGCUCUGGGCCAGUCUACCUUCGAGACUGCACCCGCUGCGUCGUCCAUGUCGCGGCACGGCAGAUCCGCCUCCGCGACGUGACCGAUUCGACCAUUCGACAUUGCGUGCCGCAGUGCGAGGCCCUCAUCCUCGAGACUAGUACGGCGCUGCGCAUUGGUCGGUGGGCAGUCGACUUUGAGGGCCUCGAGCCGCUUUGGGAGACUGCUGGCUUUGGCCCGGCUGCUGCCGCCACCAACCCACACUGGGCGCAAGUGUACGACUUUUCCCCGAGCGAGAUCGGCCGUAAUUGGGAACUACUGCCGAACUCAGAGAACAAGCUCGGGGAGCAGCUCACGGUAACACCGGCUGGCCUCUGCGGCGGCAGCGUAACACAUGAGCAGCAAUUGCUGGCCUGGCCUUGCUUGGAGGAGGAGGGGCGCACGGCCAGUCUGGACGAUGAACACGGGGACGGAGGCGGCGGCGAGAAGCUAAAUCGCGAUGGCUCAUGGCGGCUUCAGCCAACCUCAACAGUUGCUGCAGGCAGCGUGGUGGAGAAGGAGGAGGUGGCAGGGGUGGCAGGGGCGUCGAAAGCGGCGGGAGCUGCAGAGGCGGAGGAGUCGUCAGUGAGCCAGCGCCAGACCAAGGCAGCAUUGGCCAUUCAACGGUGCUUUCUCCGAGGAACUGCUCGGGUGGUGGCAGCUGUCCGCACCGCAUUGCAAGCAGCGCCGCCAGGAGCGGCGUCUAAAGCGUGCGAGGGCAAUCUCGAGGGUAUGGCUGCCUUUGUCGGCGAGGUGCUGGGCCCUAACGCGUGGGUCCGCGCCAUCCUGAAUGCGCCGGACGAGUGGGACGAGGAUGAAAUGCACAGAGCGAUGCGUAGGCAAACCUCACAAAAGAAUUAA